GCAGAGGAAGGUCUCCCUUUCAAUAACAAAACAUCAAGGCUGCUCUCUUGCUAUCUAGGUUUCUAGUGCUGCAUUGAGACAUUUAUUUUUGCUGAAUAUUUUUGACAUCUGAUCCAAAAAUGGUUAGAAAACUAAAAUAUCAUGAAAAGAAACUGCUUAAAAAGGUGGAUUUUAUCAACUGGGAGGUGGACAAUAAUAUACACGAAGUGAAGGUGUUGAGAAAAUUCCGCAUGGACAAGAGAGAAGAUUAUACUAAAUACAACAAGCUCAGCAGGAAUAUUAGAGAUCUUGCUCAGAAAAUCAGUGAUUUGGACGAGAAAGAUCCGUUCCGUGUCCAGAGCACUGCCAAGCUUCUAGAAAAACUGUAUUCCAUGGGUCUGAUUCCUACAAAACAGAGUCUUCUGCUCUGUGAUAACGUCUCUGCUUCCUCCUUUUGUAGGAGACGUCUUCCUACUAUGGUAGUCAAGUUAAGGAUGGCACAGAACCUGAAGACGGCCAUAACUUUUAUUGAGCAAGGACAUAUCCGUGUGGGUCCUGAAGUAAUAAAAGAUCCAGCCUUCUUGGUAACAAGACUAUCACUCUUGUUAUCACUUUUGGAUAUCCAUCAUCUCAUAGGAUAUUUAACAUUAGUGGAGCAGAUCUGUCUCAGUUCUUCAGUCAAACUAUCUCUCUCCUUGUGGAGGCAGAGUCCCUGUUUGGCCCUUGGAGUGUCCUUUCUUCAGCCUACUUGGACAGUGAUUACUAAGGAAGCAAUUUUGAUGGGUUGGGGCGCUGUUUGGGGUACCCGGAGGACACAGGGAGUAUGGUCUCCUCUGGAAGCAAGGUUACCAAUUAAUACCCUAGAACUUUGUGCGAUUCUUCUGGCCCUUCAGGCUUGGCCCCAUCUCAUGCAAGAAAAAUGCAUUCGGUUUCAGUCAGACAACGUCACUGCAGUGGCGUACAUCAACCACAUCAGGGAGGGCCUUGCAGUUCCUUAG